AUGGCUUCCGUCAACAACGUGAACAUGUUGCAGAAUAGGAUGUUUAAGAAAAGCGCCAUAUUUAAGACAAUUUUCAAGUGGUUUGCAACAACCUGUAUAAUUAUAACAAUAUUUAAAUAUACUUCAACGCAUGCUAUCGAUGAAACUGACAGCGUUACUUUAAACACACAAUCAACAGAUGGUGUUCCAAAAAUUGCAGACGACAACACUAUUGAAGAAUUCACUAUCUCUGAAAACGAUUUCCAAGACGAAACAACCGCUGUUAAACCAGAGGAAACAGAUUUUUAUUCAUUUAAUGUAACUGACAUAACUGGAGAUCCGGUUUCAUUGGAACGAUACAGGGGAAAGGUUUCCCUCGUAGUAAAUGUGGCAUCAGAAUGUGGAUUCACAGACGACCAUUAUAAAGGCUUAGUGAAGCUACAAAAAUCCUACAGAGGGGAGGACUUCAAUGUGCUGGCAUUCCCCUGUAAUCAGUUUGGAGCCCAGGAACCUGCUAGCAACUAUGAAAUAGAAAGGUUUGCUAGGACAACAUACAGAGCUGACUUUCCCAUGUUUGCUAAAGUUAAUGUGCUGAAUGACAAUGUGCCAGAUGCCUGGAAUUACCUCAUAGAACAUGCUGGAGAACCACCAAAUUGGAAUUUCUGGAAGUACCUGGUGGAUCAGAGAGGACACUUACUGAAUGCCUGGGGUCCAUGGGUGUCUGUUGCAGAAAUUUAUGAUGAUGUGAAGAGAGCAAUUGAAGAUGGCGAUGAUACGACUACUGUGUUUACUGAACCUGAGUCUAACACAGAUCCUCAUGGUGGAGAAUUGUGACUUUUAUGGAUUUCAUAUGUGUAUGUCGCAUACUUAAAUAGGGAUCAAGAUUUUCGCGAACUGGUUUUAUUAUUUAAAUGUGUAAUUUGAAUGUAUAAAGAUGAUUUUGAAUGAUCAGCAUUGUCAUCAUGCUCGUUGCCAAUCCACCAUCAUAAUCAAAAUUACUUUUGUUUUUUAUCGUAAUUUUCUGUUAUGUUUCAUGUCUAACCUUUGCUUGCUGGUAGGCAUUAGUCCUGGAAACUCUUACAUCAUGAACUUGCAUUCAGGAAACUUGGCAAAUGUUAUCACUCAUUUUCGAAGUUUAAAACAUUUUUUUUUUCUUUUUGUAAUCAUAAUUUCUAUAGGAGUUAUGUCCCUUAUAUAACAAUUAUCCUCUGACUUGAUACAGAAUAUCAGCAAUUGGCAAUAAAAUUACAUUUAUUACAGUAUUUAAGGUAUAUACUAUUUUCUUUAGAUGAUUUCUUAUGCUUGCUUGAUU